UCUACAGUUAAAAAAGAAAAACAAAAAAUUCAAUCUCUUCUUUUGACAUACCAGUAUGACACCCACCACCGCCGUACUCAACUUCUUUAAAGACAUCAAAGACAGCGAUGACUUGACGCGCGUGUGCUUCACUCUCUCUGCCGCCGCCGUCCUCCUACUCAUUUAUCUCAGAUUACGGGCUAAAUGGGCCUCGCCGCCGUUACCGCCAGGCCCACGUGGGCUGCCCUUAUUGGGCAACCUUCUAUCUCUGAAUCCAGAGCUCCAUACGUACUUCCGAGAUUUGGCCCAAACUCACGGCCCAAUAUUGAAGCUUCAGCUGGGGAACAAGGUCGGUAUAGUCAUUACAUUGCCUUCUCUUGCCCGCGAAGUUUUGAAAGACAACGACGUCGUUUUCGCUAACCGAGACGUCCCAGUCGCCGGCCGUAUAGCCACCUAUGGUGGAUACGACAUCGUUUGGACUCCGUACGGUCCAGAAUGGCGUAUGCUUAGAAAAGUCUGCGUUCUCAAGAUGCUUAGCAAUACCACCUUGGACUCCGUCUAUGAACUCCGGCGCCGGGAGGUUCGGAAAACUGUUGGGUACUUUCACAGCCGGGUUGGGUCGCCCGUCAACGUUGGGGAGCAGAUGUUUCUGACCAUUCUCAAUGUGAUUACGAAUAUGCUUUGGGGUGGGGCUGUGGAGGGAGACGAGAGAGCUGGGUUGGGGGCGGAGUUUCGGCAGAUUGUUUCUGAGAUGACUGACCUUCUGGGUAAGCCUAAUCUAUCGGACUUCUAUCCGGGUCUGGCUCGGUUUGACCUGCAAGGUGUUGGGAAACAAAUGACUAAGCUGGCUCUUAGAUUCGAUAAGAUGUUCGAGAAAUUGAUUGCUCAGAGGUUGAAAGGGAGUAGUAGUAAUGGUAAGAGCAGAGAUUUCUUGCAGUAUUUGUUGGAAUUGAAAGAAGAAGUUGAUUCUAAAACUCCAUUGACGAUGAUCCAUGUCAAAGCCUUGCUUAUGGAUAUGGUGGUGGGUGGGAGUGACACUUCCUCUAAUACAGUCGAGUUUGCCAUGGCUGAAAUCAUGAAUCAGCCAGAUAUUUUAAAGAAAGCCCAGCAAGAGUUAGAAGCUGUAAUUGGCAAAGACAAAAUAGUAGAGGAGUCUGACAUUCACAAGCUACCUUACUUGCAAGCUGUGAUGAAAGAAACUCUGAGGCUGCACCCAGUUCUACCACUCUUAGUGCCUCAUUGCCCGAGUGAAAGUUGCACUGUGGGAGGCUACACCAUUCCGAAAGGCUCUCGGAUUUUCGUCAACGUUUGGGCCACACAGAGAGACCCUUCCAUCUGGGAAAAUCCCCUCAAGUUUGAUCCAGAGAGAUUCUUGAGCAACAGUAAAUGGGACUUCAGUGGACAUGACUUUAACUACUUCCCAUUUGGGUCUGGUAGAAGAAUAUGCGCUGGGAUAGCCAUGGCUGAGAGGAUGGUUAUGUAUUCACUAGGUACACUUUUGCAUUCUUUUAAUUGGGAAUUGCCUCUUGGAGAGAAAAUGGAUCUUGCAGAGAAGUUUGGGAUUGUGCUGAAGAAGAAGAUACCUCUAGUUGCCAUUCCUACUCCAAGGCUAUCGGAUCAAUCGCAAUAUGAGUAGACUACUGAAAUAUUCAGUUAUUUCAAAGGCUUAUAAUAUAUGAAAUUGUAACACUACUGAGUUCUAUAUACUGUGAAUUUGAAGUAUCGGUUGCUGAUCGUUUGUAUUCUUUCAAUUUCUGGCUGUGGUUAAUUUAUAACAAGAAUAAGAGAUCAAUUAAAUUAGAUAAGGCUGUCUAUUUAUGCU